UUUGAAAAGCAAAAAAACAAGAUAACCAGUAAAUAAGUAAAUGUUAAUACGAAACAAAGUAGAAUCUAUUUAAUCUUCUGAUGCCAUCGCCCAACUUCAGAAUGCAAAUCAGGCCCACACCAUCAUUCCUUGACAGAGAACAUUACUCGCAGCGAAGACGCCAAGUGCUCAACUCGAAACUGAUUGAUAUCUUGCAGAUCAACAUAUACUUUUACUCCAACACUAGUCUACGAAACAAAUAUUAGCUUAUAUAAGUUGAUGGGAGAUUUACUGUGAAGACAUGUAAGUCGAUGACAUCUGAAUGCAUCCUACCUACCAGAUGGAAUCAAGGUGACAUACACUACAUUGCCGUAUUCACUAUGUUGAAAAAUGCCGAAUCAAGUAGCACGCAACCAAGAAAGGAUGGGGAGUUUCUGCAGGACGGAAGGUUGCGACCACGAGCUCGAUUGCAUUACUAGGAGUAGUAAACUUGACUUCAGUACACCGGAGAGUUGCUGGGUACAAUAUUUCGUGAUCUAUACGGAGGAAAAGAGAAGAAAAUACGAUGAGGGGAAAACGCAGAAUGUAGUACGACUCACCAAGAGGUCGAAAUCGAAGC